AUGGCCGAGCAAGAGACUAGCCGUACAUCUCAUCAGGCACGAAAUAAUGCCCCAAAUCGGUCUCAAAGGGAGGGCCAGGGUUCAGCAUCACGUUCUCGGGGAGGUUCAGGUGGAGGACGCCGUAGGGGAAGGGGAGGACGGAAUCGUGGCCAGCGACAGGAUGAUUCAGCACAAGUUCCCGAGGGUCGCGGAGAUGCCCCUCAGACAGGGCCUGCCGAUGCCGCUGUUGCUGCACAAACCAUAGCCGCCCCCGAAAGCUCAGGGUCUUCUAGAAGCAGAAGAAACCGGCGAGGUAAUCGAGGUGGUUCUCGAGGGCAAGCAAACCAAGGGAGAGGCGUGUUCUCCAUGGGACCGCAGCGUACUUUUGGUGGACGCUUGACUACAACUGAGCAACCAACAGAGGUUGCUCAGGAUGCAUCUUUGAGUGCAGACGCCCCGGCAUUCGUGCCUGGACAGCCUGUGUCCCAGAGGAGUGCCCAACAGCAACCACCAAGCGCACCUCGGCCCAUAGGCCAAGGACGCUCAAGAAACCGUACAAGGGACCGCAAGCAGGGUAGGCCCCGCCGAGAGGUUCCCAAGUCGACUGCCUCAGAAUUAUGGCAACGAAUUCAGGAAGACAUCGUCAACUGGAACUAUGAGUGCCGUAUCUGCACCGAAGAGGUGACUCGAAAAACUGAGGUCUGGUCGUGCACUACCUGCUGGACCGUCGUCCAUCUUGAAUGUGCCCACCAAUGGUGGGAUACGUCCAUGAAGGUCAACGAGGAGAGCGGCGACCAAUCAUGGCGUUGCCCUGGGUGGAUACCGAUUACUACAACGGGUGGAGUUGUCGAGAGCGUUGUGGCGAUUUUCUACCUUGUGGUCAGCAUGAAUGUGCUCAAACAUGCCAUCCAGGUGUCUGCGGUACCUGCGACGUGCUGGUCGAAGCUAGGUGUUAUUGUGGACGCGUGCAAAAGGAGAUGCAAUGUUCCAAACAGGAAGACAUAUGCGACUCGUUCGAUCUCUUCGAUCUGGGCAGCAGUUCCUGGUUUGAGGGCUCUUUUAGCUGCGAGAGUGCUUGCGGAAGAGCCUUCGACUGUGGUGUACAUCGUUGCCAGGUUUCUUGUCACCCGCAAGAAGAGGUCUCGGCUCAUUGCCCUUUCUCUCCGGACGCUGUCACCCAUUGCCCUUGCGGCAGGACACCGCUCAAGGAUCUCAUGGAGCAGCCUCGUCAGUCUUGUGAAGAUAAAGUUCCUCACUGUAAGAGGAUUUGCGAGAAGAAGCUGGAAUGCGGACAUCUCUGCCAAUCCUUGUGCCACACUGGGGAAUGCGACCCUUGCACUCAAACGAUGGAGAUUGACUGCCGCUGUGGCCGAGUCACGGGCGAGACGAUCUGCCAUGAGGGAAACAUCCAACAUCCCCUAUGCUUCAAGAUAUGCCAGGCUACUCGUAACUGCGGAAGACACCGAUGCGGAGAGCAUUGUUGCCCGGGUGAAAAGAAGGCAUCUCAGCGUAUUGCUCAGCAGAAGAAGCAACGCCUGGGCCCUGAUUCGCUACCAGUUGAGGCCGAGCAUAUCUGUGUCGCCGUCUGCGGACGACCACUUAAAUGUGGUAGUCACUUUUGCGAGCAACUCUGUCACCGCGGAGCUUGCCAAAGCUGUCCCGAGGCUAUCUGGGAAGAAGUUUCGUGCAAUUGCGGCCAGACAGUCUUGCAUCCUCCACAACCAUGCGGAACGAGACAGCCAUCUUGCACUAACCAGUGCCAGCGGCAGACUGCAUGUGGACAUCCUUCUGUUGACCAUCAGUGCCAUCCUGAUGAUGUAUCCUGCCCGCCAUGCACAUACCUCGUUCAGAAGCGAUGCAUCUGUGGAAAGACGACGUUUCACAACAAGCCUUGUCAUUUGCAAGAGGCUCAUUGCGGAGAGCAAUGCGGACAGAAACUUUCCUGCGGGCUCCAUACCUGUAAAAAGCUAUGUCAUCGCCCCGGAGAAUGCGGAGACGCUCAGAACGGUUGCGAGCAAAUAUGCGGAAAGCCCAAGCUGCUAUGUAACCACCCAUGCCAGAGCGUCUGCCAUGGACAAACUCCCUGCAAGGAAUCAACAGCUUGUCAGUACGAGCAACCCUACUCCGAGCCGACCAGAGGUUCGAUGUGAUGAGGAGUGCGAACGACUUGACCGCAACCGUCGCCUGGCCGCAGCUCUUAAUAUCGACCCUGCUUCUCACACCAAUGACCAUAUUCCCUUCUCGGAUAAUACUCUGAAGCUUUAUAAACAGAUGCAAUCAUGGGGAGAUGCUCAGGAGAGCCAGUUCCGAGUAUUUGCUGCUAACAAAGACGAAGUUCGUCUACGAUAUGAGCCCAUGAAGAACCAGUCACGCCAAUUUCUUCACUUGCUCGCCGAGGACUUCGGCUUCGAGAGUAAGAGUGAGGACUACGACAUUCACCGGUCUGUUCUUGUGUGGAAAUCAGAUAAGUUCGUUUCAGCCCCGACGAAGACACUUGCGCAGUGUGUCAAGAUCCGAGCAUCUCAAGUUGCCGAAGCUGCGGCUGCGGCUGCCAUUCGACCUCCAAGUCCCCCAAUUCUCGAGACUGAGCCUUUCAAUGCUCUGGUACUUACGGAGCCUCGCUUCGGUCUGACCAUCGAGGAAGUAAACACUACUCUUGAACCGGAUCUCACAUCCCUUCAAGGCUUCAGCUUCAAGGUUGAUUUUCUGAAUGAGGAAGUUCUCAUCAAAGCUUCAGUCUCAUAUUCCGCAUUUCUCACACCUGCACCCAUGGAAAAGAGCCUAGAAGUCCUCAAACCUCGGAUCGAGCAGACUAUCCGCCGUGAAAAGCUCGCUGAAAGCGUCUUGCUCUGCCACUCAGAUGCUACCGGUGCAAUUUCUCGGCGAGAGGUACCCCUCCGAGCCGGUACUGGAGGAUGGAGUGCCGUAGCUGGACGCGCGGCUUCUAGGCCAAUGUCCUUGUCUUCUACUCCUGCACCCGAAGAGGCAAAGCCCGGGCGCAAACUACUACUAGGACUCAAGAAGAAGAGGCCGCAACAACCGGAGGUGGGAAAGGUCUGGGCUGCUCUUGAUGGGGACGUCGAAUGCUAG